AUUUUUGGAAGUCCCAGCACAGUGACGCUUCCUGAAACCUUGUUGUUUGUGUCAACACUGGAUGGAAGUUUGCAUGCUGUCAGCAAGAGGACAGGCUCCAUCAAAUGGACUUUAAAAGAAGUGUCUUAGCCAGGCUCUCAACGUCUGCUUCCUGGAUUAAUGCAGCAGCUUCCUGACUGCCAUCCCUGCUGCCUGUCUUAUCCUGCCAUUCGUCCAUCAUGUUGCCGCCAGACAUGCCCUCUAAAAAGACUCGUUGGACCAUGCUGCCCUCCCUGCUGAAAUACCCUUGGUGUUGUCUGUAGCAGAGCUACUCCAGGUGUGGUCUGCCCACCUGUCUUACCUGCCCACGAGGAGAGAACAAAAGGGAGAAUCCAGUUCUGCAGGUUCCAACACAUGUUGAAGAGCCUGCCUUCCUCCCAGAUCCCAAUGAUGGCAGCCUCUAUACCCUUGGGGGCAAGAAUAACGAAGGCCUGACGAAACUUCCCUUUACCAUCCCAGAGUUGGUACAGGCAUCCCCAUGCCGAAGUUCAGAUGGAAUUCUCUACAUGGGUAAAAAGCAGGACAUUUGGUAUGUUGUUGACCUUCUAACCGGAGAGAAGCAGCAGACUUUGUCAUCGGCGUUUGCAGAUAGUCUCUGCCCAUCAACCUCUCUUCUGUAUCUUGGGCGAACAGAGUACACCAUCACCAUGUACGACACCAAAACCCGUGAGCUCCGGUGGAAUGCCACCUACUUCGACUAUGCAGCCUCACUGCCUGAGGACGACAUGGACUACAAAAUGUCCCACUUUGUGUCCAAUGGUGAUGGGCUGGUGGUGACCGUGGACAGUGAAUCUGGCGAUGUCCUAUGGAUCCAAAACUAUGCUUCCCCUGUGGUGGCCUUUUAUGUCUGGCAGCGGGAGGGUCUGAGGAAGGUCAUGCACAUCAACGUUGCUGUGGAGACCCUGCGCUAUCUGACCUUCAUGUCUGGGGAGGUGGGGCGCAUCACCAAGUGGAAGUACCCUUUCCCCAAGGAGACGGAGGCCAAGAGCAAGCUGACGCCCACCCUGUAUGUUGGGAAAUACUCUACCAGCCUCUAUGCCUCCCCUUCAAUGGUACACGAGGGGGUCGCUGUUGUGCCCCGAGGCAGCACUCUUCCUUUGCUGGAAGGCCCCCAGACCGAUGGUGUCACCAUUGGGGACAAAGGGGAGUGUGUGAUCACACCCAGCACGGACCUAAAGUUUGACCCUGGGCUCAAAGGGAAGAACAAGCUCAACUACUUGAGGAACUACUGGCUUCUGAUAGGACACCAUGAAACCCCACUGUCUGCGUCUACUAAGAUGCUGGAGAGAUUCCCCAACAAUCUGCCCAAACAUCGGGAAAAUGUGAUUCCUGCCGAUUCGGAGAAAAAGAGCUUUGAGGAAGUUAUCAACCUGGUUGACCAAACUUCAGAAAGUGCGCCUACCACUGUUUCUCAGGAGGUGGAAGAGAAGUUCACUCAUGCCCCCGCCAAGCCUGAGGCCCCCGUGGACUCCAUGCUCAAGGACAUAGCCACCAUUAUCUUGAGCACCUUCCUGCUCAUCGGCUGGGUGGCCUUCAUCAUCACCUACCCCUUGAGCAUGCAUCAGCAGCAGCAGCUUCAGCACCAACAGUUCCAGAAGGAACUGGAGAAAAUCCAGCUCCUGCAACAGCAGCAGCUGCCCUUCCACCCACCUGGAGAUGUGGUUCAGGACACCGAGCUCCUGGACUCAUCCGGCCCGUACUCGGAGAGCUCAGCCACCAGCAGCCCCAGCACGUCCCCCAGAGCCUCCAACCACUCGCUCCACUCUACCGGCUCUGCCUCCAAGGCUGGCACCAGCCCCUUCCUGGAGCAGGACGACGAGGAUGAGGAAACCAGCAUGGUGAUAGUUGGGAAAAUUUCAUUCUGUCCCAAGGAUGUCCUGGGCCACGGAGCAGAGGGCACAAUUGUGUACCGGGGCAUGUUUGACAACCGCGACGUAGCAGUCAAGAGGAUCCUCCCUGAGUGUUUCAGUUUCGCAGACCGUGAGGUCCAACUAUUGCGAGAAUCAGACGAGCACCCGAACGUGAUCCGUUACUUCUGCACCGAGAGGGACCGGCAGUUCCAGUACAUUGCCAUUGAGCUGUGUGCAGCCACUCUGCAGGAGUACGUGGAGCAGAAGGACUUUGCCCACCUCGGCCUGGAGCCCAUCACCUUGCUGCAGCAGACCACCUCGGGCCUGGCCCACCUGCACUCCCUCAACAUUGUUCACAGAGACCUGAAGCCUCACAACAUUCUCCUCUCCAUGCCCAACGCACAUGGCAGGAUCAAGGCCAUGAUCUCUGACUUCGGCCUCUGCAAGAAACUGGCCGUGGGCAGGCAUAGCUUCAGCCGCCGUUCAGGAGUGCCUGGCACAGAAGGCUGGAUCGCUCCAGAGAUGCUGAGCGAAGACUGCAAGGAAAACCCUACCUACACCGUGGACAUCUUCUCUGCUGGCUGUGUCUUUUACUACGUGAUAUCUGAGGGCAGCCACCCUUUUGGCAAGUCCCUGCAGAGGCAGGCCAACAUCCUCCUGGGUGCCUACACCCUUGACUGCUUACACCCCGAGAAGCACGAAGAUGUCAUUGCCCGAGAAUUAAUAGAGAAGAUGAUUGCAAUGGAUCCUCAGAAGCGCCCCUCAGCGAAGCAUGUGCUGAAACACCCGUUCUUCUGGAGCCUAGAAAAGCAGCUCCAGUUCUUUCAGGACGUCAGUGACCGGAUAGAAAAGGAAUCCCUGGACGGCCCGAUAGUGAAGCAGCUGGAGAGAGGUGGGAGAGCUGUGGUGAAGAUGGACUGGAAGGAGAACAUCACUGUCCCCCUCCAGACGGAUCUGCGUAAAUUCAGAACCUAUAAAGGUGGCUCCGUCAGGGAUCUCCUCCGAGCCAUGAGAAAUAAGAAGCACCACUACCGGGAGCUGCCUGUGGAGGUGCGGGAGACGCUGGGCUCCCUGCCCGACGACUUCGUGCGCUACUUCACCUCGCGCUUCCCCCACCUCCUCUCACACACCUACCGGGCCAUGGAGCUGUGCCGCCAGGAGAGACUCUUCCAGCCCUACUACUUCCACGAGCCCCCGGAGCCCCAGCCCCCAGUGACUCCAGAUGCCCUCUGAGCCAGGGCAGCUUCCGUUCUGGUGGCCCCAGCUGUGACUGAGGGCUUGGUCUCUACAAGCCAGAGCCUGGUGCCUCCCGGGUUAGCAGGGAGACCAGGCUCCCAAACCAAGUGCCUUGAGCUGCCCGCUCUGCAGCCAGCAGAGGAGGAUGCUGGCUCGAGGAAGUAGGAGAGGUGACCCCUCCUGACCUGCAGGGAGCUGGGAGGAUGUUAGCACAAAAGCUUUACAACUAGGAGACGUCUGCAAAGGACGGCCUAUCCCAGAGGCAGUGAAAGGAGCACCCUCCGCCUUGUCUUGGAUAAAACGGCUUUAGACUUAAUGUUUCUUUUUAAACUUCCCGUUCGAUGUCAGCCUGUGGGCCUUUAAGGAAGAGAGAAGAGGGAAUGCUCAGUUUUGCAUACAUGCUGGGACCAGGAGCAUCUCUCCCGUUGACUAGCUAGGCUGCAAGGCACUAAGCGCAGCCUCUGCCAGGAGUGGGGCUCAGGAGGUCAGGGUGCCAAGGAGGAGGAAGAUGUUCAGAGGGUGUUGUCCUUGGGCAUCGACGAUGCCUUGCUGAUCACAGAUGCCCCCAGAGUUUCCCAGGUCACUGCAACCAGUGUUUCCUUAGGGGCAGUGAAGAGCCAUGAGCCGGGGGCGCAGUGUUGGGACAGGUCAGCAUGCCACCGGAAGGUGAGGCCAGGUCUGCAGCGAAGACCUGAACGAAGAACGUCUGAAGACGAAGAGGACACUGUUCUGAGGCAGCUGCCGCCCAGUGCCCCAGUGGCCUGAAUGGUGGCCUUUGGUGGAUUUGUUCCCUGGGCCACUUGGGGAUUUUUAUGAGCGUUUGGGGACAAGAGGUGAUAAGUUCCCUGGCCAUCAGGAAGAGCCGCUGAGACCCAGACAGGGACACGCCUUCAGGACUGGAGGGGAGCGGGCUGAAUGGGACACGCGGCCACCCUGGGAGAGCCCUGGGCCAGCGGGUAGGGGAUAAGGCUCCUCUGUCCCUGGGGCCAGCAAGGUGGGCCAGGGCUUGGAAGCCGAGGCCAGGGUCACCACAUGCUUCGUAGGCAGGCUUUUAUGUUUUUCUUGGCAGGUUUUAAUGACUUUAUAUUUUGAUCAUUCUGUAGAAUGCUACAUUAGCGUAAGUAAGCUAAACUUGAAGCUUACUGAUGAAGAAGAAAUGCAAGACAAUAAUACAUCUUCUAUUUUUUGUGGUACCAAAAGUCCCCAUCCCCCCGAGAAAGAAUGUUCAUGUUUAGAACAUUCUCUAAUGCUGAAGAGUAAAACGUUACAGUAACACUAUGUACAUGUAUUAAACAAUUUCAAGGUAAUAUUCUCUUAAAUUAUGGCAAUAGCAGGUCAUUUUUCCCCCUAAAACUAAUAUAAUUUUUAACUUUAGUUCCAGUAAAAAAUUCUUGUCGUUUCUGCACCGAGAGCCUUAGGGGUUAUGCAGUCAGGGUGCCCCGGAAGGAAGCGUCUUCUCUGCGCUCUCCCCAGCCGGGUGAGCGGUCACUGCGCCUCAGUCCCGGGGAACUCGGAGACUCCACUCAGCAGUUGUGUGGUUGGCUUUUACGAAUGGUCAGAGAAAUCACUGUUUCUUCUUCUCGUGAGAUGUUCUCUGCUGGGGUGUGUGUGGGGGCUGCUCCCCGAACGCUCUCGUUCUGCCUGUGUGCAGCCCAGUCCCCUUCCUUUCAUAAUGCCUAAGUAACUUUUAUUUUCUUGAAUGAAUGGCCUAUGUCUUUAAACCUCAGUUACCUCAUUUAGACCCAGGAACCCUGGUGCCCUUGGUUGGCAUCGUGGUGUCUUUUCCCAUGCUCUCCGUUUUUUAGGAACUCGGCCCCAGUGUUCCUGUCCCCACUCUGAUGCGCCGUGCCUGUGUCCCCUCACGCGCCUUCUCCUCCAGCUCUGCGGGCUGCUUGGCCGCACAGCCUGCGUGGGGAGCCCGAGAGAGGUGGAGAAGAUGGCACGAGUGGUUUAAUGGGACUGUCAGCUUUCCGUGCGGCCAGGGGGACUGCUGCCUCACCUGGUUCUCGUGCUGAAUGUUCUCUUUUGGGGAGGAGCCAGGUCAUUUCUAGCUUCCCAGUAUUUGUGACAUCUCUGUUUUGGCCCAACUUGCUUCUGGGCCAACUUUUUAAAAACACGCUUUCAGCUUAUCGUAUUUGUUUCUAACUACCCAACUUUCUCAAACUCAUCUAUUCGACAUAUUUUUAUCCAAGCAGUUACCAUAGGAGCCAGGCAGGAUACCGAGUGCCAGGGUCACAGAAGUGAACAAGAUAGCAAACAUCUGCUUUCCUCAGAGCUUACGGGGAGAGCGACAACAGGACGUAAGUGUCAGUGCCACAAAGAACAUCCAGGGGAUGGGGCAAGGUGUGCAUUUGGGGUUUGCGCCUCUUCUGUCUUAAAGCUGCCCGUGUCCCAGCACCCCUCAGGUCUGGUCAACUUGUCUUCUGUCCAUCUUCUCUCUGUCACCUUUAGGAACCCAGUCACUAGUCCGUCCUUCACUGGUUUGAAGAGGUCACACGUGGGCACUUGUCAUGAAAACACUUUGGGCGUCAUCUGGUUUAUCUGUCCUGUUCUCAUCUCUCAAAUUCUGGUUUCCUGUUGUGCUUGGCACCGUGGGAAGGUGUCUUUCUUUAGAACAGGGUUCUGCAGUCUUGUGCAUCCUCUGGCAGCUGAGCAGUUUGAUAUUUAGUACAAUUCCUGGAAGGCUGUUUAACUUUUUAAACGUACGCUAUCUUCGUUUUUAAGACAGAAUUUAGUCGCAUCUGUUAGGAGUCCCAAGGAUGCUGCAAUUUAUUUAAAUCUUGUAUUGAAUCUGUCUUUGGCAUGCCUUUCCAGAAUUUCUCUUGCUGCUUCUUGAGUCUUUAUAACUUCAGUUUGUCAAGAGCUCCGCACAUCACUGGGCACCAGAGCAUUUGCACUUGGGGAACCAUUGGUGUUACUUGCUAAGUCAGUAACCAUCUAGUGGCUGACAUAUAAAAUCCUGGGUGCAAAGAUGUGAUUCCCACCCCCCGCCCCCAGCCCGUGUAGUAGUCGUCGUAGGGUCUUUCCAGGGAGAUAUCACUCUGAUCUCCUACACGUUAUAUUGAAGGACCCGCAGGUUGGUGGGUUCAGCACAGUAUUUUCUUCCCACCGACUCUAGAAGGAAGGCUCUGAGCAGAGUUAAGCCUGGGCCUUUUGGUAAGGUUUUGUGUGAAUGCGCUUCAUUUAUCGUUGCAGUUCCUUCUCGCUGCGCCAGAAGAGAUGAAUUACUUGCUGAUCUGGCCUCUCUCGCAGGUGUGGGCCCUUUGGGUUGUAGGGCUUUCUCUCAGCUGCUGCCCUCUCAGAAGCUGUGCUCUGGCCGGGUUUGGCUUUCCCACCGCAGUUCCCCUUCUCCAUCUCUGUUCAUUGGGUUCUCAGCCUUGAGAUCCUCGCGGGAGGUGGGCUGGUUCUGCUUCCUGCAGCCUCCUCUGCCGGAGGGGCUGGGAGAGAAAGCACAGCACGUAUGUGAAGAGCCUCUUUCAAUUCUUUUUAGCUUCCUCUCCACCCAUUUAGUUUCUGAAAUCUCUUUUCUUCGUAUUUCCCAGUUUUUUUACCUUGGCCGUUCCUUCCCCAUCCUGGAAUAGUCAUUUUAGUUGAAUGUGGCCUGGCAUCAGCAUUUCCUGAAGAAGGUCAUCAGGUGUCCUAUACAGAUGAGCAAAAAUUCCACCUUCCAGGGUUGGACCAUUAUCUUUUAAGCUGAAGUGUCUAAUCUUCCUGUACUUUGUUUUCUUUAUGAAACAGUGAUUUCCCAUGAGAAACUCUGGUUCUAAAUUUUUAUACUGGCACUUAAGUCCUUUCCGUAUUCUUUGGAAAACCACAAGGAAUCUGCAAUGAGCCUCCCACUGGAACAGCCUUAAGCAACACUUCCAGCCAAAGUCCCCACCCAUCGCCUUCCCCUGUGUCUGUGUGUGUUCGGCGGGUACAGUAUUCCUUUGCAGUCUCCCAGAAGCUGUGACGGGGGAGUCCCCACUUACCUAGAAAGCAUUACUGGUCAACUAUGUGGCAUUCUCAGAUGCAAACCUUAUCUAGUGUUCUUUUUGCAAUGACCUAUUUAUUUAACCUAUUUAUAUUUAUUUAAUUUUUACUCUGAAGUGUCUCCAGUUACAAUUGCACUUGCUUAAGGCACAUCAGACUUGUUUUGGACAACACCCCUGACCAUUUUAAAACUGGAAAAGGAAAAGUUAUACUGUAUCCUUCCACGGGAUGGAUGCCUUAUAGUAGUUUUGUCAUUAAAGGGUGAUUAAUUUGGUCGGGGUAAAAAUGUUAAUUUUUAAGUGAUCUUAUAAAAAAUUCUGUGCCGUUGUGUCUUCUCUGUGGACGGUUAAUUGUUUAAUGGAUACGUGUUAAUUGUGUGAUACAAUCCUCUUUAUGGAACCUAAAAUCUUCUUUUUAGCUUUAUAUUUUAUAAACUGCCAGAUUGUACAGUUUUUAUGUGUAUUUUUAAAGCUUGAUGAUGUAAGGGUAAUUAAGUUAAACGGCCUAUUUUUGUACCUCCUGUACAGUUUUAUAAUUCUGCUGAUUGAUGAUGGCGUCUUAUGUGAGCCAACCACAAAUAAAGUAGUUUUAGAUUUGGAAGCCA